AUGCCUAGUUGGGCAUAUUGCUACCUCGAAGCUGCUCGUACCCGACUUCCAUUUGCUCCAGAUAAAGAAGAUCCCCGGGCCGCCAUGGAUUUGGGUGGCCCAACCUUCAACGCUGUACUGAAUUUCGUGGCCUUGCAUCCUGAAGAAAUUGUUCUCGGCUUCUUGGAUAACAUGCAGCGCGAUCGAGCCAAUUUGACCAAGUAUGCAAGUGUUCUAUGCAUGAAGUUCUUCCUCCUAUUGGCUGCACCGCCGAUGUCCUCAACAGAUAUCAAUAUUAAGCAGGUUCACAUUCGAACCAAGCUGGGCAUGCUGGCCAAUGCGGGGAUGAGUGGGGUUUCGUUGGCGAAUAUGUCCACGGUUUGUAUUGAGAGGGCUAGCGAGGAGUGGAAACGAUUGCGUCUUUGGCUUUCUGCGGAGGAGUCGUGGUAUAGACCUGUGGGUGAGUUUGUUGAGUCUAUUUGGUAG